AUGCUCACCAGCUUCGCACAGCAGGCGUGGACAUGCACAGUGGCGGCGACGUUCUCCGCCUCCACCUCCACGUCCGGCGUCGGGUCGGCUGAUCUGUGGGCAGAAGUCAACGCUCGCAGCGCCACGCACACACUCUACCCAGCGAUCUCCCGGUACGUGAACCCCCCAAAGACGACCGGCCCGUCGACCAGCUUCUCGAGCUCCUUCUGGUCAAACAGCCCAGGGCCCGGGACGUACGUCCCCACCACCGCUGACGGCGGGAGCUCCAGCCUCAACGUCGCGUCCCACUCCCGAUCCUCCCACUCCAGCCGCCCCAGCCGGAGCCCGCGCGCAGCACGGUGCUCCAGCGGCGCCACCACCGCCGCGACCCGCGCCGGCAUCCCGCGGAGCACCGUCUCCCGCCACCCCGCGGGGCGCGCCCUCAGCGCCGCCCACGCCAUGCGCGACGCCGACUUGUCGUCCCCGCGGUUGAGCGCGAACGCGACUCUGAGCGUCCUCAGCCGCGGGCACACGGGCGCGUCGGGGCGGCUGUUGCCGUCUGGGUGCUGGAGCACCUUGACGACGCGGUGGGCGCGGGGGCCGGCGAGGUCGAGCGAGGUGAGGUGCGGGAACGCGCGGAAGAAGUCGGGGUGCCCUCUCGGGGUCUGGGUCGCCCAGUUCUAG